AUGAUAUUUCAUUUGCGGCAAUUAUGGCUUGAAUACCAGCAAUCAAAGCCAGACUGCCAAGAGCAGGAUGAAGGUGAUGGUGGAGCAAGUGAGCAGGAUGGAGGUGAUGGUGGAGCAAGUGAGCAAGAUGGAGGUAUCAAUGGAGCAACUGAGCAGGAUGAAGGUGUAGUCGGAGCAAGUGAGCAGGAUGAAGGAGCUGGUGGAGCAACUGAGCAGGAUGAAGGUGUAGUCGGAGCAAGUGAGCAGGAUGAAGGAGCUGGUGGAGCAACUGAGCAGGAUGAAGGUGUAGUCGGAGCAAGUGAGCAGGAUGAUGGAGCUGGUGGAGCAACUGAGCAGGAUGAAGGUGUAGUCGGAGCAAGUGAGCAGGAUGAAGGUGUAGUCGGAGCAAGUGAGCAGGAUGGAGGAGCUGGUGGAGCAAGUGAGCAGGAUGGAGGUGAUGGUGGAGCAACUGAGCAAGAUGGAGGUACCAAUGGAGCAACUGAGCAGGAUGGAGGUGUAGUCAGAGCAAGUGAGCAGGAUGAAGGAGCUGGUGGAGCAACUGAGCAGGAUGAAGGUGUAGUCGGAGCAAGUGAGCAGGAUGAAGGAGCUGGUGGAGCAACUGAGCAGGAUGAAGGUGUAGUCGGAGCAAGUGAGCAGGAUGAUGGAGCUGGUGGAGCAACUGAGCAGGAUGAAGGUGUAGUCGGAGCAAGUGAGCAGGAUGAAGGAGCUGGUGGAGCAACUGAGCAGGAUGAAGGUGUAGUCGGAGCAAGUGAGCAGGAUGAUGGAGCUGGUGGAGCAACUGAGCAGGAUGAAGGUGUAGUCGGAGCAAGUGAGCAGGAUGGAGGAGCUGGUGGAGCAAGUGAGCAGGAUGGAGGUGAUGGUGGAGCAAUUGAGCAAGAUGGAGGUACCAAUGGAGCAACUGAGCAGGAUGGAGGUGUAGUCAGAGCAAGUGAGCAGGAUGGAGGUGCCAGUGGAGCAACUGAGCAGGAUGGUGGAGCAACUGAGCAGGAUGGAGGUGCCAGUGGAGCAACUGAGCAGGAUGGUGGAGCAACUGAGCAGGAUGGAGGUGAUGGUGGAGCAACUGAGCAGGAUGGAGGUGCCAGUGGAGCAACUGAGCAGGAUGGAGGUGAUGGUGGAGCAACUGAGCAGGAUGAAGGUGCCAGCGGAGCAACUGAGCAGGAUGAAGGUGCAGUCGGAACAAGUGAACAAGAAGAUGCUGUAACUGAAUUAACAAACAUGGUAAUCAUCCACAAGAGAAUCUGCACUAAUAAGGAGCAACGAGAAAUCUUUUUGCAAGCGCAAGACCUUGCCAAGCAGCUCUACGACCGGAAUAGUUUAAGAUAUCCAGAGAUUAUCUGGCAGCUGAGUAAGGAUCUGGAAUUAGCUGAGGUAACAAUGAAAGUGUACGUGACACACUUUAAUUGUACAUCACUGUCUGUGAAUGAGUCUCUCCGAUUGGUCCUCAGAGUGUUUUGGCCAGAGGAUAACCGUGCGCUUCAGGAUCUGCUUCUAACUUACUUUUCUCGUUGGUAUCUUCUGUGUAAAAGACAACCCGUCACCUUCCAGCCUACAAUAUACAACUUGUACUGGUCCAUGAUCAUACUGAAUGCUGAUCUUAAUGGCAGACAUAAAGGGAGGAAAAUGACUCAGAAAGAAUUUACAGUGAACUUGAAUCGUGCACAGUGCAGGUACCGCUAUUGUAAGGACUGCUUGAAGAAAAUCUAUACAUCAAUCAAAAUGAAUCCGCUUGAAGCAUAUGCAGUGAGAGCUACAUGUCCGACUGCAGGCAAAAAUGAAACAUCGACACCACCGGCUGAUAACAACCCGACCACCACUGUCCACAAAACAGGAAAUCUCAUCUGCAAAAAAGUUAUGGAUGAGAAUGGGAGAGAAACUAGAAAGGGCCAGAGAUCAUGGACGCCGUAUAUUGCAGUUCUACAAGGCAUGGUUCUGUAUUUACAAAGAGACGCAUCUGACAUCUGCAACACAAAUGGAAAUAAUGCCAUUCGACUGCAUCAUGCCAUGGCGUACCCUGCAGAUUACAGAAAGAGGCCCAAUGUGCUGUGCCUCAGGACCGCAGACUCCAGACUGUUCUACUUCCAGGCUGAGAGUGAAGUAGAACAGACAUUGUGGAUUGAGACGAUUAACCUCAUCGCUGCCCGUUACUCUGCUCCUCCACUCACAUCUGCUUCACACAGCAUCACUGAACAUCACCCUCAGGUCCUACCUUCAUAUCCCACCCUUCUGUCGACAGAGCAGCAGCUCAAGCACCACGAGCACCAGUUACAGAGGGUUUCAGAACAUUUGCUUUACUAUAUGUCAUUGCCUUUUGGGGAUACAUUCGAUUCUGUGAUGGAGGAGAAAAAGCGCUACACAACGUAUGUGGAAGCGUUAAGGCAGCUCAUUUCCAGAACAUGA